AGCAGUCUCAGUAUCUGAAGCACACAAAAUUAAGAAACGGCGCGCUCCUGUAAAAUUCUCAAUCGCCGAAACCAACUUUCCGGUACCGUUAACGCCAGCGAUCGCUUUUCCGACGGGUCGCCAACCCAGCAAUGGCUUCGGUCCCUUCAAAGCUCUAUGCCGAUGACGUCAGCCUUCUGAUGGUUUUGUUAGACACCAACCCGUUCUUCUGGAGCUCAUCUUCUCUCCCAUUCUCCAAGUUCCUCUCCCACGUGCUUACAUUUUUGAAUUCGAUUUUACUGCUCAAUCAGCUCAACCAAGUAGUGGUUAUUGCUACCGGGUACAGUUCAUGUAGCUACAUCUACGAUUCUACUUCGGCUCCGAGCCACGGCUCUGAUCAAGGAAGAAUGCCUGCGCUUUGCUCUAAUUUGUUGCAGAAGCUGGAGGAAUUUGUGACCGAAGAUGAGCAAUUGCUCAAGGAAGCCUCAGCCGAAGGGACUCCUUCUUCGCUGUUAUCGGGGUCACUGUCAAUGGCUCUAUGCUAUAUACAGAAGGUUUUUCGAUCAGGACCAAUGCAUCCUCAACCCCGGAUUUUAUGCUUGCAGGGAUCGUCAGAUGGACCUGACCAAUAUGUUGCAAUUAUGAAUGCAAUAUUUUCUGCACAGCGUUCAAUGGUUCCUAUAGACUCUUGCUAUAUGGGCUCUCAUAACUCUGCCUUCCUACAGCAGGCUUCAUACAUUACUGGUGGUGUAUAUCUGAAGCCCCAACAACCAGAUGGACUGCUUCAAUAUCUUACGACAGUUUUUGCCACUGAUUUGCAUUCCCGAGCAUUUUUACAGCUUCCCAAGUCUGCUGGAGUGGAUUUUCGUGCUUCGUGCUUUUGCCAUAAAAAAACAAUAGACACAGGCUACAUUUGUUCUGUGUGCUUGUCCAUAUUUUGCAAGCAUCACAAGAAAUGUUCAACUUGUGGGUCAGUAUUUGGUCAAGCCCAGUCAGAAGUUCCCUCAUCAACCAACAGAAAAAGAAAGGCUUCAGACACCUGAUGAUUGUAUCUAAAAACAUUCCUGGUAUCUUAAUUGGAUUUUGUCUAUGGUCUCUGAGUUAUCAUUAGUCUAUUACUAGAUCGUUUUUGUUCACAUUUGCUGGCAGUGAGAUUGAGAGCUAUCACAAAAUCAUUUUUGUUCACAUUUACCGGUCGUGAUAUGAUAUUUCUGAGAGCUGUCACAGAGCCCAAGCAGAGCAUUUUUUUUGGGGGCAAAAUGAGAUCCGGCCAUCAAAGUGAAGUUAGACCCCAUUUAUGAUUUAUUGUACCUGGCCUCAUAUUAAGAGGAAGUACAGAGAAUAUAUACACAAUUAACAGAUUUAUUGUGAUCUUAA